AUCAAAAUGAAAAAAAAACCAAUUAACAUUAUCUUAACGAUAUCUUUUUCAUUUAAAAAGGUUCAUAUAUUAUAAACACGAAAGCUUUUACUGUAAUUUUAAACGCAAUUUAUACCCAAUAUGACCAGAAACUAUAUUGUACUAUAUUUAUUAGUAUUUCUAAGCCCAAUUUAUAUUUUCAUUGAUGCGGCAGAUGAAAGAUGCUACAAGAUACCACCAAUUAAGCACUUUGACGUCGAAAAAAUAACUGGUAUCUGGUAUGCUCAACAAGUUGGUGAUUUAGAUGGCGAUGAAAGCUCAAGGAAAUGUUUGAUGUACAGCUUUGUUUCUAAUAAAAAUAAAUCUGGUGUAACUCUAACUGUAUUUAGAAUCUACAACGUAACCGGUUUUGUUGCCAAAGUUGAAAUGUUCAAAAUACAUCAAGUAAAAAAUUGUGAUAAUGAAUAUAAAGUCGAUUGGAAAGAGGGACAGAAAGGUGAAAGCGGUUGGACAGUAGAUACUGAUUACGAAAAUUGGGCGACAGGGUAUCUUUGCAAACCAGAAGAAGCCGAUAGAGGAAUGUUGUUUAUUGGAACGAGAAAAAAGAAUCCAAAUAAAGCAGUACUUGAGGCAGCACAAAAUGCAGCUAGAAAAGUAGGAUUUAAAAUGACAAAAUCUUAUUUGAAAGAAAUCGAUCAUUCGCGAUGUUUUAAUUAA